AUGUCGGAACGCCAAGAAAUCAAGUCGACGUUGGUGUCAAGAGGCCCGCUGGACCCAAAAGAAGCCAGAUGGGCUAGACUUGUCAAGACUACAUACCGGGAUCCUCUCGGCGUGGAACGCACAUGGGAGUCUGCGGAGCGACAGACCCGACCGGCGAACUGCGCGAUUGACGGCGUUGGGAUCGUGACCAUUCUCAACAAGGCCUCGGGCCCAGAGCUGCUCCUACAAAAACAGUACCGACCGCCUAUCGAUAGGGUUGUCAUCGAGGUGCCCGCGGGCCUGAUUGAUGCGGGUGAGAAGGUUGAAGAAUGCGCUGUGCGUGAACUAAAAGAGGAGACGGGCUACGUGGGAGUCGCGGAGGAGACAAGUAGUGUGAUGUAUAAUGACCCCGGGUUUUGCAACACUAACCUGAACAUGGUUCACGUGCGGGUGGAUAUGUCGCUGCCCGAGAACCAGAACCCCAAGCCGCAGCUCGAGGACAACGAGUUCAUCGAGUGUUUCAGCACUCCUUUAUCGACCUUGUUCGAGGAGUUGAAGAAGUUGGAGGCGGAGGGUUAUGCCAUUGACGCUCGCGUGGGGACGAUUGCCGAGGGGAUUGAGCUUGCGAAGAAGUGGAAGCUAUAA